UUCGGCUCGCUCAAGUUUAUGUCACUUUACAAAACUGCUCGUCGUUUUUGUUCACAACAGUUUUUAAAGUUUCUUGAAAUUGUUGGAAAAAUUGUGGCUUUGUGAAAAAUGCCGAAUUAGUCUAAUUGUAACAAAUUGUCGUCAAUAAGCAGUGCAAAACUACUAAAAGAGUGAAAGUGACAAAAUGGGGCUUCUAACAAAUCCUAAUACGGACGAGACGAGUAAAAUUGUGACACUUUUACAAAAACAUGGACAACGUUUGGGUGUGGUUUCCUAUGUUGCGGGGAUUAUUUGGCUGGGAUUCUUGGCGAACGUGGAAUACAAUAUGAAAACUUACUUCUCGGAGAACGCCUUGCUUCCUGGUCUAGUUGUGGAAAACUUUGGAGGAGGUCACAGAGCAGAGAACUAUUUGAACCAACUUUUGGAGAAGGAUGAUAAGUCUGAAACCGGAGUUUCUGCCGAAUAUCUUCAGCAACUAUUUCUGAAAAUUGGUCUAUCCGAAGUAGAACUUCAGAAUUACACCUUUAUCGACCCGGUAACAAAGAAUGAGACGGAUGCACUCCGAGGGACAAACGUUUUUGCAGUUCUUCGUGCAAAACGUGCCGCAGGGACAGAGUCACUCGUCUUUAACGCCCCAUAUUUUCCGAGACAUAUUUCGUCAAGGAAGAACUUGGCGUCGAUCGCGUUAAUGCUCGCAUUGGCCGAGUACUUUCAGAGUCAAGUCUAUUGGGCGAAGGAUAUCGUAUUUUUGGUCGCAGAGGGUCACAUUGGAACAUUGGCAUGGGUUAAAGGACAUCAAGAAAUGGUGGAUAGUCAAGAUAACUUGAAAUUUGAACGAGUUAGGACAAAAGCUGGAAAUAUUCAGGCUGCUAUCAACGUCAUAAUGGAGGGAAACAAUGUUUGCGGUUUAGAAACCAAGUUUCAUGGGAUAAAUGGACAAUUACCGAAUCUAGACUUUGUCAACUUGCUGAAUAAAUUUAUCGUGUCCGAUGCAGAUAAACGCCCCGAUUGGGAAAGAGACGUCUGGAAACUCAUCAACUACAUGCAAAUUCAAGCGACAGGGACCCCAACCGGAAGUCACGGUUUUUUUCUAAAGUACGGUAUUGAAUCAAUCACAAUGACUGGAAAAACUUCUAAAGCAUGUAAACUACGGAAUGGAUUCACAUUUGGUGACAUGGGUCGAAUCUUGGAAGCCGUAUUUCGAAGUUUGAACAAUUUGUUGGAACGACUUCAUCAGUCAUUCUUUUUCUACCUGAAAACUACUCCAAACCGAUUUAUCUCCAUCAGCCUGUACUUCCCCCCACUGGCUUUGAUAAUUUUCCCCAUACUCCUCAAAGGAGCCAGUACUUGGCUGACCAAGAAAGAUUUGUCAGCUACUCAAGGAUUAUUUCGACUCAUGGCAAUUCAUUCCGUGGCAGUUUUCUUACGAUGGAGUUUAAAUAAUUUAAACCAGAUUAUCCGCCGACUUCCAAUUUCGCCCAACUUUGAAAUUACAAACGAAAUUUUCAUGCUGACGGUGCUCGGCAUAAUCGCCUUCCAAUUUUUAUUUGCAAAACUUCUUUUACGAAAAUCCGAUGAAAAUUUGAUUGAUUCAUUGUAUUGUUUCUGCCUGCUAGAGUUUGCAACAUCACUCUACAGCUUGGCAUUAUUCAACCCGUCGCUAGUCAUUCUUCUAGGAACUGUUAGUGCUCCAAUUGUAACGCUAUUAUUCAUGUUUCAACCAAAACAACGGAUUUGGCUGUUUGGUUUGAUUAAUGCAAUACUGGUAGGAGCAGUUAUCAAGUACUAUGCUGUAUUAGAGAAUCCAAUCAACAAGUACUUUUUUGAGGCUGAUGUGUAUGGAAAUUUCCUGUUUGAUUACGCAUUGUUAGUAGUUGUCCCAGUUGUUUCUACUAUAACUGCAAUCGUGUAGUAGCUGACAUAAAAUGUUGUCAAGUUUUUGUAUGAUUUUGUCAUUUCCGUAAGUCUUAUUGUUAUGUAUGUGCCAUUCGAUUAAUUAGUACAAUUAAUCCUCUUCUUCCUCCUGUUUUAAAUUUUAAUACUAAAGUAAGUAUUAUUAAGUAUCCAACAGUCUAUAAUGUUACCACAUCUUAUUACAAAAAAAACUUUGUGAUACACAUUUUUAAUGUAAAGUGUUUUGUAAUAUAUUAUUGUAAACGUUCAGUCGAA